UCAUCUAAAAUAUGACUGCUCGAUGCGAUGACAGCGCUGAUAAUAAAUGAUGAUAGUUUGCAUAAGAGAUAAAAUUGUUUGUGGAGAAUACAGACAGUGCGGGUAUAAUUGAUGGCGCGGGGCAUUACGAUGAAAACGAAUUGAGUUUCAUCAGUUUAAUUAUUACGUUUUCGGCUACACUUGCUUCUUCUAUCUCCGACGUGAUACUAUAGUUGAAUGCGCGUGUAGACCUAAGCAGACAAAUAUUUAGUUAAGAUUCGAGUUUUCCCAUGCGAAUCACUUAAAAAUGUCACAAAAAAAUAGAAUUAGCGUUAUUACACUAUCGGAUAGAAGCAUCGAAGAAACUGAAAGAAAUUCAACGAACGAGAGAACUCAAAACUUGAAGGCGGCAAAUUUUGAGAAGGCUAUAGCGGCAGCUGGUUAUGGAAAAUUUCAGUAUCUUCUCCUAUUGGCGAUUAUUCCUGUAUCAUGGGCAACGAGUAUGGAUACUGCUAGUGUGGCCAUUAUUCUUCCUUCCGCUGAAUGCGAUUUAAAAAUGACGUUUACUCAAAAGGGCAUUCUGAAUGCCAUCAUAUAUAUGGGAAUGAUAUCUAGUGGUUUUUUAUGGGGGUACAUUGCUGACGUUAAGGGUAGGAGGACUGUUUUUAUUUACGGCUAUAUAGCUGAUGGCAUUUGCAAUGUUCUCUCGGGAUUCUCACAGAAUUUCUGGACUCUUGCAUUUUUCAAAUUCCUCAGUGGUUUUCUAAUAAGUGGUCCACAUGCUUCUAUGGUGACGUAUGUUUCUGAAUUUUAUGGGGUCAAAGGAAGAGUAAAAAUUCCAUUAAUCAUAGGCUUUUCUACUUCGUUCGGAAAUAUUGUGACAUCAGUGUUAUCAUGGAUCAUUAUUCCCCAAAAUUGGUCUAUCGUUCUGUGGGAUGGUGCUUUCGUUUACAAUUCUUGGAGGAUCUUUUUAUCCAUCUGUAGUUUACCGCUAUUUAUUGGUGUUAUCGGCUUGUAUAUGUUUCCGGAAAGUCCGAAGUUUCUUAUGUCGGAAGAUCGUAUGGACGACGCGUUGAAAGUUUUUAAGAUAAUUUAUAAAAUCAAUACGGGAAAGCCUGCAGAAGAAUAUCCGAUAAAACACUUAGAAAACGAUGCUUUUAAGAAAGGAUCGACAGAUUCCGACCAGGAUGGAAAAAUGGAUAAGAAAACGAUUUUCCUUUACCCAUAUUUUCUUCAACUUAUUUUGGUCACUCUCAUGCAAUUUGGGUCAAUGUACAUAACGAACACAAUUCGUUUGUGGCAACCUCAACUUUUCGCUAUACUGGAGAACUUUGAUCCCACGAAUUACAAUUUAACAGCGAAGUAUGCGCCCACGUUUUGCGAAAUCUUGGAUCUCUCAUCCGUCACAAACAUUUCCGCAACUAUAUCGGAAAAUGUGACUUGCACGAAUAUCACCGUGAAAGAAUCUGUUUAUACAAAGACGUUAAUUGUAUCAGCUUCAGGAAGUGCACUUCUCCUCCUUGCUAGUUAUGCACUAAACUUCUUGAACCAUAAAGUCUUAUUACAUAUUUGUUACGGCAUGGCAUUCGUGUGCAUAGUUUGUAUGUACUGGUCAACCAGCACAUUGGUCACAUUAAUACUGACAAGUUUCUUUGUUGGAUUAUCAAAUACUACUCUAAAUACCAUCGUUGCUGCAACAGUAAUUUUAUUUCCAACUUCUCUAAGGACAAUUGCAGUGAGUACAGUAAUGGCGAUUGGGAGAAUCGGAUCAAUGAUUGGAAACAUACUCUUCCCUAUUUUACUGGCCCAAGGCUGCUUCGUACCAAUAAUUCAAUUGGCAUGUCUUGUCCUACUUUGCAUGAUCGUAACGUGUUUUCUACCAAUGAACAAGAAGAACAAGAAAUAAGAAAAAUCUCGUUACGUAAUCGACCAAAUCAAUUUAACUUCCAAUCGUACUGGGAUUCUCCAAGCGAUUUUUGAUUGGGAACUAUCAGAGUUUUAGUGAACUCAUUGAAGAAAACAUGAAAAACGAUAGAGAGUACCAAAGGUCGAGACAUGGCGAGAUGAAAUAGAUGUAUACGUGACUGCAUUACGAUAUUAAAUUGGGAAAGGAAAGUUUCCACGUACUUUGACCACCAAUGAUAGAUUAUGGCUGAGAUAGCCCGCGAAUCUCGUUCUUCAACGUUAAACCGAGGGAUAGCACUCAUCCUUGAACAAUUUCAACGUAAUGAAAAUCGGCAAAAGGAACCGCGAGAUCUCGUUCUUGAGAAAUCCACGUCAUUUGGCAUAAUAGCGACGUCAGUAAAACGAAACGAGCAAAACAAGAGAAUAAUAGGGGAUUCAUCGAAGCAAGAAAGCACGCGUUUAAAAUCAACACACAGUCAAGAGGAAGGAACGACGGCGCGGAGCGGCGGUGGCGUUACACAAUGGAAAGGUGGUGUGUUUCCAGUCGGACACUCUUCACGGUCACAUUUUCAGCCGGAGGAGGAGAUCGAUCUCGAUUUAAAACGAUGAUCGAGCGCGUCGAGGACGAACGCCCGCCGCGGCGUUUCUCGGUGCGCGAGUAAGUAAGCACUUACACUUACACGAACCGUCCGUAGGGGCCUUGGGUUUCACUUUCGACACAUCCUGGAGAGCCCUCUGCCGCAGCCUUCACCCACAUGCUCGUUCUUCUCGAUUCCCCAGCACGUAUCCAUAGUGGGCUCUUCUCGUUCGAACGGCGUGUAUCGUGUGGACGAGGCGCUAUCGCACGCCCGGGAUCUCGACACCCUCGCGGCGGACAUGCUGAUCGAGUAAUUACGCGUGUCCAUAAAAGUUUGCGCCGGUAUUACAAUACGAGAAAGUCAAGGAGAGAUUGCAACGCGCAGACGUUUCUUCACGAUGAUAUACACAGUUCACGGAUUGAAAAAUUUGAAAAUUCAAGCAUUAAGUUACUACAUAUGAAACCUCGUUUUGUUUUUUAAAUAUGAACUCUCCGACCGAAAACCUACAUAUGUAUCAUUUUAUUUCUCAUUGUUCACUAUCGUGUAUCAAAUUAGACAUAAUUUGAUAAUUAUUUGAGAUACCAAAAUAUAAAAGUAAUUGAUAAAUUAUUCAGAUAAAAUUAUACGACAUACCAUAAGAAGUACAUCUGUCUUGUUUUUGAAAACAAACGUUACAUAUGUACCAAUGUUACAUUUUUAAAAUCUGAGAAUUCGAAAAUUGUUACCUAUAAUUUUAUGUUUUAUUAAAGAUACGUUUUUUAGAUUUACUUAAUUAACAAAAUGCUGUUGCGUGCUACUAUAAGUAAUUGUUAUUUGUAGUAACAGAAGAUUUUAGAACUAAUUAAUGUUAUAUGCGUAUUCGGUGUAAAGUAGGUGUUUGUUAUCGUGUGAAACAUAUUAGUUUAAUUACACAAAUUUCAUCCUGCUUACCUACAUAAUUGAUUCAUAUUAAUAUUUGAAAGUGUAAUCAACCUGUUAUGAUUUAUACAGAGUGUUCCUGCAUUUGUGAUACAAUUAACCAGCAAAUUAUUCCUCAUUCAAAAGAAAUAGUGAACUUUACAAAUGAAAUAAAAUUCCAUUUUCUUUUACCAGAACGUUUCAUGCAAACGUCCGAGUUAGUUUUGUCAUGAAAAAUAAUCUUUUAAUUAACUUUAGCACUAUUGGUGAAAAACUCUGUAUAUUAUGGCAAGCAAUAAAUAUUCAUCUAUCCUUGAUCGUAUAUUGUACUUGAUUUCAUUAACGGGACUCGAUAGAUGGAAGUAAAAUAUGUGCUACUUGCUAUAGGAAAGUUGCACUCCAUUCG